UUUCCUCAAGCGCCGAGGGAGAGGGAGAGGCAAUAUAAACCCUGUGACUUGGGGCUUCCUCCGGAUUUCUUAACGAUACGAAGAUGAAAGUCGUGCCGGUGGUCGUGGCGUGUCUGCUGGUCGUGGUGGCCUUCGGAGUCGCGGCCGAGGAUGUGACCGCGAACGACGACCAGUCUCCCGCGAAAGAUCCGCCGCCCCCGCCAAACGACCCGUUCCCCCCCCCGAAAGAGCUGUCCCCCUCGGAGGAGCAUGAGUCCCUCGACGACGAUACCGGCCGAGGAGAAAGGAUCUUCGCGUACUACACCUCGACGACCACGACCCGCCUCACGACCUCCACCCUGACGGCGCUCUCCACCUGCCUCUCGAUCCUCGCCACCGCCACGGCCUGCAGGAGGAAGAAGAGGAGGGCGGGCAGACUGGAGACCAUCGAUGACGAGGACAUAGCGGCCCUGGACCUCGAGGGGAGCGUCAGGUCGGCUGAGAGCUUGGAGGAGCUUUCCCAGCAGCAGCGGGACUUCCUCCAGAGGGACGACCGCAAGUUCACCAUCUGGACGACCGGCUUCACGACCCUCACUCUCACGACGACCUCUUACAUCGCCGGGACGACCGUCACUGCCACGGCUUACUGCCUCACGCCUGGUCUCACGGCGGGCUGCUUCGGGAAGUAGGGAGGGCGGGAUGACCUGGCGGCGUGUCGGUCUGACCGCUCGGGCGCAGGGACGACUCUCUCUCUUUUGAAGUCGUAGUUUCCUGCCAGUUCAUAGGGUCAGAUUGGAUGCACUGACGGGUCGUUUUGGCCUAACCCCAAAACGACUAAGAAUACGACCUUCUCCCCACUUGUAUUUUUUUUACCGCUGAUUACGGUGAUGGGCUGGAAACGACCUCUCGUGGAAGGCCGUCCAGUCCAUCACAGUGUUAAGCGGGACGACCCACGACGAUUUCCUGAUGCUCUGUCAAUGUUAUGUUGUUGUUUGAUAUCAAUUAUAUUAUACAUAUAUAUAUUUGGACUCUCCGCCGCCGCUUUUACAUCACUUAAUAAACUUAUUUAAGGAUCAUUAUCAAUAUUACUUUUUACUUGAUUUUAAGCUCGUGCUCAAUUAUUUUUUUCUCACAUUUACAAUAUCAAGAAAUAAAAGAAGAAAGGAUAAACCAUGAUAAAAAUAAUAAAUGAAACGCUUUAGGUUUCUACAAGACAAGAACCAAACUAGUAAUAUAUAUUUUCCUAAAGCGUUAACAAUUUAUGAAAACAACAAAUAAUAGGAAAAUAAACAUGAAACAUCAGAAAAAAACAUAAUGGAUGAACAUAUAAGUAAUAAAGCCUUUUGCUCAAA